CUCCUCCGCUCUUCCCCGUCUGCCUUAGAGAUCAUGAAGGUCGCCAGUGGCAGCACCGCGGCCACCGCGGGCCCCAGCUGCUCGCUGAAGGCGGGCCGGACCGCGGGCGGCGCGGGCGAGGUUGUGCUUGGCCUGUCUGAGCAGAGCGUAGCCAUCUCGCGCUGCGCCGGGACGCGCCUGCCUGCCCUGCUGGACGAACAGCAGGUGAACGUCCUGCUCUACGACAUGAACGGCUGCUACUCACGCCUCAAGGAACUAGUGCCCACCCUGCCUCAGAACCGCAAAGUGAGCAAGGUGGAGAUCCUGCAGCACGUUAUCGACUAUAUCAGAGACCUGCAGCUGGAGCUGAACUCGGAAUCCGAAGUCGGGACGGCUGGAGGCCGGGGGCUGCCCGUUCGGGCUCCGCUCAGCACCCUGAAUGGCGAGAUCAGUGCCUUGGCGGCCGAGGUGAGGCAGCAUGCGUUCCAGCCGACGAUCGCAUCUUGUGUCGCUGAAGCGGCGCACUGAGGACCAGAUGGACUCCAGCCCUUCAGGAGGCAAGAGGAAUAAACUGCUCUGGGUUCCCCAGGGAAGCCCGGGAAACACUCUAAGACUACCGCGGCCACUGGACUCUUGGCGGAUCUGGCCACCGGGCUCAGAGGGUUGACCAGCAGAGGCUAACCCUCUCCACCUUUCAGCCCCCAGAGACUUUGGGGAGGGAGUUAACCAACCCCGUGUGUUUCUAUUUUUUGAAAAGCAGACAUUUUUUUUUAAAUGGUCACAUUUUGUGCUUCUCAGAUUUCUGAGGAAAUGUGUCGUAUUGUAUAUUACAAUGAUCACUGGCUGAGAAUAUUGUUUUACAAUAGUUUUAUUGGGGUGGGUUUUUUGUUGUUAUUAAACAAAUACUUUAGAUAA